AUACGCUAGGAAGCGCCUUCCGGCUUGGGGGUCCACCUACACUGGUGAAGUCCUCAGAUCGACCGCCCGGAAUUCCCGGAAGUGGCCCGGUUGCCAGCUUCCUGUGCUAUAGGGAGAAAUGGCGGUGGUCACCUUGAUCCCGACGCUGGCGCGGGUACUGUCAAAGCACAGUCUGCUGUCUCCUUUGCUUGGUGUGACAUUAUUCAGACGCUUCUACAGAGGUGACAGCCCAACAGAUUCUCAAAAAGACAUGGUUGAAAUCCCUUUGCCUCCGUGGCAGGAGAGAACUGAUGAAUCCAUAGAAACCAAAAGAGCCCGCUUACUCUAUGAGAGCAGAAAGAGGGGGAUGCUGGAGAACUGCAUUCUCCUCAGCCUCUUUGCUAAAGAAUAUCUGCACAACAUGACAGAAAAGCAGCUGAACCUCUACGAUCGCCUGAUUAACGAGCCUAGCAAUGACUGGGAUAUUUACUACUGGGCCACAGAAGCAAAACCAGCCCCAGAAAUAUUUGAAAAUGAAGUCAUGGAACUGCUGAGAGAAUUUGCCAAAAACAAAAACAAGGAGCAGAGACUGCGUGCCCCAGAUCUGGAGUAUCUCUUUGAAAAGCCUCAUUAAGCUGGAUGCCACUGCCUGUUAUGGUGGUCAGUAUAUGGCUAGAAACUGCUUCUGGCACUGACCUUGACCUCCUGCUUCUCCUUAGACACUUGAACGUCUCCCAGGACAGACAUGUAAUGUGUUAGAUGACUCAUUCUAACCUGUGCUUGUCUGUACAGCACUGGUCAGACCCCUUACCUGGCUGCUGUGUGCUGUGCUGCAGGUGUGCCACAAGAGGGCACUAUAGGGAAGCCGUUCUGCUGCCUCAGCCCCAACAGUACAAAAGACUGCUGCUGAAGGAAGAGCUGACCCCAUCCAUCCUCCUCCACCCUGGGCUUUGUUAAGAUAAAACUGCCCACUUCCAACCUGAUAGGUAGUUCUUUUGCCAAAGAAUAUUGAUCCAAGCUCGUGAAAUGAGCCCAUCAAAGGCACAGCAAGCGGAAUGAGGGCACCAAAGCAGGAAUAUUGUGAGCAUCCUGCUUAAGUCAACAUCUUCAUCAAAUUUUCGCAACAUAUAUGUUUUAAACUGAAAGAUAGUUGAAUAUUGAAGAGUAUCAAGAGAAGAAAAUUGACAGUUCCCUAACCUUCACAAUUAUCUUCAUUUUUGUCUGUUUCUGUACAACCUAUAGUCAUGCUUAUAAUGGGGUUUUACAAGCUUAUAGUCAUAAGUUUUCUGACUUUGUGGCAUUUUGACAAACUUUCCCCUCAUUCUGACAUCCUUUCAAAUUAUUUUAGUUGCCCAAAUAAUAAUGACACAUAAGAAGUAACAUAUUAACUGUGUGUUACAGGUCACGCCCAUAAUUCUAGCCCUUGGAGGACUGAGGUAGGAACAUCACUAAGAAUUUGAGGCCAUCCUGGCACACUGUUAGAAUGAAGUAGCUAGGAGGGUUGUGCAUUCCUGAAGGUAUUCUUUCUGCAGGAGUUCUGCCCUCAGCUGAGAAGAGGCAGUCACUCUGGCUGGUAUGUGAAACUGUUGGCUAGAGAAAGCAGGCCAGAACUGAGAGGCUUGGAUGGUAGCUACAAGAGCUAUAGGAAAACAGGAAAAAGUUCCUGGCCAGAGAUGGUAGAAGAGGACCAGCCUUCAGUAAACUCAGCUUUCCCACAGACAGAUAGCAUUGAGCCUGUUGAUAGACAAGAGAGUGCCUUGGAAGGAGUCAGUAAUAUAUCCAUGAUUGAAAAGGCAGGAUUUGGGGCUGGAGAGAUGGCUCAGCAGUUAAGAGUACGGGCUAGCUGUUCUUCUAGAGGACUUAGGUUCAAUUCCUAGCACCCACAAAGCAGCUCACACCUGUCUAACUCCAGUUUCAGAGGAUCUGACACAAACAGAGAUGCAGGCAAAACACCAAUGAACAUUUAAAAAAAUCAUAAAAAAAGUAAAUAAAAAGAUGAAAGCUGGAAUAUAUUAUUGUUUGACCUACA